AAAAAUUGAAGAGAACAGAUGUUAAACUGAAGUGAAGUAAUGAAAUUGAUUGACUGAUAGCUAAUUGAUUGUUUAUUGUUUUCAUACGCUACCAUUGCUAGAACUUGCAUCCAUGCUCACGUUUUAUUAAUAAAAAUGGCUUUAAACGAAAAAAUUGAAGAUGCAUGGUCACUGCCUAUUGAUCCUUUCAAGAAAGAAGAUAUGAAACAUCCUUUAUUAGCUGAAAGUUCAUUUGCUGUUCUUUUUCCUAAAUACAGAGAGAAGUAUAUCAGAGAAUGCUUCUCUUUCAUAAAAAAUGCAUUUUCUGACUAUGGUAUAAUUGCAAAUUUGGAUGUAAUUGAAGGUAGCAUGACUGUUGCCACAACUAGGAAAACAUGGGAUCCUUACAUAAUUCUUAAAGCUAGGGAUGCAAUAAAACUUAUUGCUCGAGGUGUACCCUAUGAACAGGCUCUUAGAGUAUUAGAUGAUAACAUGGGGUGUGAUAUUAUAAAAAUCGGUUCAAUGGUAAGAAGAAGAGACAGAUUCGUUAAAAGGAGGCAACGUUUGAUUGGUUCUAAGGGAACAACUCUGAAAGCCAUGGAACUUUUAACAAAUUGUUAUAUUCUUGUGCAAGGAAAGUCUGUUGCAACAUUAGGCCCUUAUAAAGGACUUCAACAUGUUAGAAAAAUAGUUGAAGAUACUAUGAAUAAUACUGUUCAUCCUAUAUAUAACUUAAAAGUUCUCUUGGCUAAAAAGGAACUCAUGAAAAAUGCAUCUCUUAAAAAUGAGAGUUGGGAUCGUUAUCUUCCGAAGUAUGUCAACAAGAAUGUCCAGCGGAAACAACCUAAGAAAAAGACGGUUAAGAAGGACUAUACACCCUUUCCACCUCCGCAACCAGAAAGCAAAGUUGAUAAACUUUUGGCUUCUGGUGAAUAUUUCCUUAAAGAAGAAGACAGAAAGAAGAAGAGACUUGCUGAAAAAAUGGAAAAGAAAAGUGAAGCAGAAGCCAAAAGACAGGAACGUCGUAACAAAUCUUUUAUUCCACCUGUGGAGAAACCAUAUAGAUCUAAACAGAAUGAUCAGAUUGUUAACACUGUUUCUGAAAAGAAAGUUAAACAUAAAAAGAAGAAAAAACUUGAUAAUUAAACUUCAAGUUGCUUGUAGUUAGGAGAAUGUACAGUACAUGAAAAUUGUAUACUACUGUUUUAUGUAAUAAAUGUUUUAUUUAA